CCAGAGCUGACUGCAGAAGGCAGUUUUGUUUUGAAUAGCCAACAUCAGGCCAGCAGACUUCAUCCCGGGGAGAGAGGCUGCUGGAUGGUCGUCAGAGUUCCCAGUGCCCUAAACCAUGAACAACACAGAUGGUAAACACACCCCUUAAAGAUGCUCACUCUCUCCUGAGAAGCAGGACGGCUCAUAUAGGAAGCAGCCUUUUUCCAGGAGAAUAUGAGAGUGCUACUUGGGCUCCUUUGCUCCAUUGUCCCUCUGCUUUCACUGGAGACCGAUGACUGUAAGGAAUAUCCAAGUCAGAUCAUUCUAUUUUCAUCUGUAAAUGAAAUUGAUAUUCGUGAUUGUCCUCUUACUCCAAAUGAAAAGCGUGGCACCAUACUCUGGUAUAAAAAUGACGGCAAGACACCCAUAUCAGUGGACCAGGACUCCAGGAUUCAUCAGCGAAAUGAGCGGCUUUGGUUUGUUCCUGCCAAGAUUGAGGACUCGGGACAUUACUAUUGUAUAGUAAGAAACUCAACUCACUGCCUCAAAACUAAAAUAAAUGUGGAGGUUUUGGAGAAUGAGCCUGGCCUGUGUUAUAACACGCAAGCCACCUUCCCCCAGCGUCUCCACAUUGCAGGGGAUGGAAGUCUUGUGUGCCCUUACUUGGAUUUUUUUAAAGAUGAAAAGAAUGAGUUGCCCAAAGUUCAGUGGUAUAAGAAUUGUGAACCCCUGCUUCUCGACAACAUAAACUUCAUUGGAAGCAAAAAUAAACUGAUGGUGAGGAAUGUGACUAAAGAGCAUGGAGGGAACUAUACUUGCCAUGUGUCCUACACGUACCUGGGGAAGCAAUAUCCAGUCACCCGAGUGAUACAGUUUGUCACAAUAGGUGAGAGCAAGAGUGAGAGGCCUGUGAUAGUGAGCCCGCGGAAUGAGACCAUGGAAGCAGACCCAGGAUCCAUGAUACAACUGAUCUGCAAUGUCACAGGCCAGUUAUCAGAUCUUGUGUACUGGAAGUGGAAUGGAUCAGAAAUUGACGAUCCACUCCUAGCUGAAGACUUCCAUCAUGUGAAACAUCCUUCAUCCCAAAGAAAGUAUACGCUCAUUACAGUACUUAAUAUUUCAGUAGUCCAAAGUCACUUUUAUCUGUAUCCAUUUAUCUGUUUCGUCAAGAACACAAAUAUUCUAGAGUCAGCACAUGUCAAGUUAAUAUAUCCAGUCCCUGACUUCAAGAAUUACAUCAUUGGGACCUUUGUCAUCUUAACAGCUACAAUUGUAUGGUGUGUUUUCAUCUAUAAAAUCUUCAAGGUUGACAUCGUGCUUUGGUACAGGGAUUCUUGCUCUGAUUUUCUCCCCCGAAAAGCUUCCGACGGAAAGGCCUAUGAUGCCUAUAUUCUCUAUCCCAAGACCUUCGGAGAAGGAUCCUCCUCAAACUUAGAGACUUUUGUGUUUAAACUGUUGCCUGAGGUCUUGGAGGGACAGUUUGGAUAUAAGCUGUUCAUCUGUGGAAGGGACGACUAUGCUGGGGAAGACAUUAUUGAGGUUACUAAUGAAAAUGUAAAGAAAAGCAGGAGGCUGAUUAUCAUUUUAAUGAGAUAUAUGGGUGACUUCAGCUGGCUGGGUCACUCAUCUGAAGAGCAAAUAGCACUAUAUAAUGCUCUCACCCGGGAAGGAAUUAAAAUUGUCCUGCUUGAGUUGGAGAACAUCCAAGACUAUGAGAAAAUGCCGGAAUCUAUUCAAUUCAUUAAGCGGAAACAAGGAGCCAUUCGCUGGUCAGGGGACUUUAAAGCGAGACCACAGUCUGCAAAGACCAGGUUCUGGAAAAACGUGAGAUACCACAUGCCAGCCCAACGGCAGUCUCCGAUGUCCAGACACCAUUUACUAAGCCUGAACACCAAGGAGAAAAUGCACGGAGAGACUCACUUACCUCUCGGCUAGCAUGACAGAAGUGGACCAAGAACUUUGGGAUGCCUUAUGUCAUAGGAGGCUGCAGCUGGACUGCGCCUCCCAGUUAUGUGUACUGUCAUGAAAUGCACCUCUGUAAUCCCUUAUCCCUGGGUUACCUGGAAUCAGAUUAAGGGAAUAGAACUUGGUGACAAUAAUGGGCUAGGACAGUUCAGAUCGAGAGUUUGGGAAGCUCCAGGGCAAUGGAUGCUCAGGGAUGCUCCUCUGGAGGCUACUCACUGUUGAGGCAAUGAACUGGGAGGAUUAAACUUCAGGAAAUGGCCACAUCUGUGGGUGGUUUAAUCACCUUCUCAGACGGUGGCUGUCUGAGGACACUUUGGGGGGUCCCUGGCAAAGAAGUGGCUCCCCUAAGCCUCAAUGCAGGUGACAUUUACUGACACCCCACAGUAGGAGGCAUAACUUCCUUGCAUUUUCCAGACCCCUUGACCACCAAACUUAGUUUUCAAAGACUAAACUUUACUUUAUAGACCUCGAAAGCUGUCAUUUCAAUGAAGAAGGAUUCUCUGGGGUUCCCUCCACUGCAGCCACCUUAUCUUUCUACAGAAGAGAGUGGGUUUUUAAGUUAACUGUAGAAGGAAGCCACCCACAAGUUUCUUCUGUUCACAUGUCCACUCUGGAAUGACUGUUGCCUCGUCCUUAUUCUUGUGCAUUUUACUUAUUGCUUCUCUGGACCUGCAGCUCUGCAGUGCCGCCUCCCUCCACUCUGCCACAAGCAUAGCCUGAGGAUUCACGCUCAUGCAUGAGACUGCUCUGACCUCACGCCCUGGCACUGCAGCAUGUCUGCAGGCUCUUCCUGUGCAGAAGCUGAAGUCUGCACAGCAUUCCUCUCUGCCUUGUCCCCUGUCCCAGUCAUCUCCCAUCAGCCUGCAGGUCACCAUCAUGCUGUGUGACUGCAGAGCAGCCUGUGGAGCCUUUGUGUUGGCUCUCAGCACACCUCCAUCUUUGCCUUGCUCCCCCACUUCUUUGUGACUAGAAUCUACUCUUUUAUUUUCUUCACCUGACAAAGAACUUGCUAAAGUUCACAGUUUAUUUCAAUGCUAAAAUCCUCAAGCGCCUGAUCUCUCCUUACUCUAAGUCUUGGCCACUCAAGCUUCCAGCCUGUCUGUCUUGCCAACCAUGACGCCUGCUUACUGCAAUGUGAACAGGUGGUAUAGAUAUGCCAGGACCUUUAUUUUAAAAUGUUCUUGGAUAAUCGUGUUUAAAUUUCCCAAUUAUUCUAAUUUUAUACAUAGGUCAGAGAAACUGACCUAUUUAACAGAAUUACUCUUUUAACUCUACUGUAACUAGACUUUGAACUUGAACUUUUUGGCUUCUGUCCCUGUGCUCAAACUUUUUGAUUUCAGGUCCAUCACUGUCUGCUUACCCUUACCUCAGUCUUCACGGGAGAAGAUGUGAGUGUUUAAUAGGAUGCAACUGAGUUCAGGAAUGUUUUUACCAAAGGAACAAACAGUCCUUUUCAGUGUAGGGAUUUAUAAAAACUAACUUUAGAAUUUUCAGCAUGAUGUUUUUAUUUCCCAAUACUUUCCCCCUGAAGGUCAACAUUUCUUCUCUAACUACAAAUGAAAGCAAAUUGGUUUUUGUGGUACAGAAGUUUUCGUUAGUUUGUUUUUAACUUGAUGACUGUCUUCAGAAUAAUCCUAAUAGUUCUGGAAGAUUGCAAAGCCAGGUUCACAUGCCAAAAAGAAACCGACAGUUUCAAGGGUUGUAUGAAUAUGGGUACCCUUCUGUUUUUCAUGUUUUGAACAUCUGCUAUGGGUGAGCACAAAUAUUAUUUAAAAGGCAUCUGCUCACCUACAUAGAGGUAGAGAAAAACACAUACCUGAGAGUCUGACUCUCACUUUUGACAUCUUUUCUCCUGGAUCCAACCUGCAAGCACUGAGUAGAUGGGUCACUGGAUUGAUGGGUCAGAGAAAGAAAGGCUGUCCCAGAUGGCAACCAGAAGUCUGCUCCUAACCCAUGAUGCACUCUUUAAAAGUUUAAUUGGCCGAUAAUUUUUUUGUCUGUCAUCCAUAAAAUGCAUUGGCAUACAUGUAUGUUAUGAGUGAAUUAGAGCUAAUGGGAAACUUGGCCAGAAAGUAUGAGCGGGCAGUAGCAGAGAACCACAAAUAGUGUGACACCAAGAACUGCCGGCGGAGUGAGGGCAGAGGCAAGGGAUAAACCUGAACAGGAAGGUGCUGUCAUUUCUGGUCCCCAGGGGGCUGGCAAAGAGGAUGAAACUUCACAUCCAGGCAGUGGAGGCUUCCUUUGACUUAGCCCCCUCCUCCCCGGAAGUAUCAGGCUUAAGCUAUCUUUCAUGCUUUCCCCAUGACUCGGAUUUCACUGUGCUUUCUGAUGGUGUUUUUAAAAGGCCAACUAAGUGUCACAGAAGUUUGCACAUGCAACGAUGUAUUUAAUUACCAGUGUUUAAAACUGGUUUAGCAGAAUGUAUAUAUUUCUCUCUCUUGCCUUUUGAAUUUUACUUAUAAUGAUAGAAAAAAUAUUGAGCCAUUUUAAUGACAUUUUUAUAAAUUAUAUUUAUACUGAUUGAUAAUGAAG